UUCCCCUCCUCCCUUGUUUACCCCCUCUUUUCACGGCCUUGAAGCUAUUCCGCAUCGUCGGAACCCGGUGCUCCCACCCACGCCGUCGUCAGCCUGUACUUUGAUCUCUCUAGAUGAGAUCAAAAUGCGCGUCCAUUGGGCCCAUCUUCCCACGCUCGUGCUUGUUGCCCUCCUUACGGCCUGUCAAGCUCUGCCUCUCAUCGAGCACGACAGCUCUCCUGAGCCUUUGCUGCCGAGAGCAACAUACUCGGUAGUCCCGAUCAACGGAGAGUCGGGUCCGGAACAUAGCCCUGGGGGUCCGGUCGUGACCAAGACUGUGGUGCAAACCGCUCACCAACCGCUCACUCAAUCGUCCACUCGCUCACCCGCAAACUCCCUCACGAGAACGGUUUCCGUGGUGCCUAUUCAACCUGAACCCACUCUAACUUUGACCACCACCGUCGUCCACGUCGUACCAUCUACAUCGACCACGACGGCGGCCACGGCAUCCUCCACAUCCUCAUUCUCCUCCUUGUCUUUUGCGGUCACGAUGUCCUAUCGGACCAUCUCGGCAACCCCUUCUCCAUCAACAUCCAAGACAUCGAACUCUACCGCCGCGUCGACCUCCCCCUCUCCUUCAGCGUCUAACACAUCAAAGUCCGUGUCUAGCUUAAGCACAAGACCUUCGCCGAGUACCACGUCGACAGAGUCCCCCAUCUCGAUCACGGUCACGGUACCCACCACCACUGCCUCUAUUCCAUUUCCAACGACCUUCAUUAGCAAUAUUUCCAGCGUCUCAUACGACGACGGCAUAUGGCACACGACAUAUCCACCCUGGAAUGGCACGACGACUACCUAAUGCACAUGCCAUACUCUUUUUCAGCCCGAAUCUUGCCCUGACCUGAUCGAUCUUGACCGGGCUGGCUCACGUUCUAGUUUUUGUUCUCGGUCGUCUGCAGGACUCUAAUUAGAUCGACUCACCAUGGGAUGCCCAGUUACCUAGGGCCCGAUGAGUCAUCAAACUCUCUAUUUUACCCCCAUGGACGGAAAGGGAGCGAAGCGUACUACAACACUCCAACGC